GGGGAAAAAAAAAUCCAAACAGAAAAUUCCGCAAAACAGAGAGCGACGAAGAGCCCUACUCAGCCUCCAAUAGUCCAAUUCACUCUGCAGCUACUGCAUUUUUAAUUAAUUCGAUUACCACUCUGCUACCCAUUUCUCUUCUGCAAUUAAUUGAUCAUCUUCACUUAAAACCCAUUAACUCUCAGUUCUGGGCAGCAAGAAAUCACACUCUGUUUACAAUUGAGCUCUUAUAAGAUUUUAAGUUUUUGAGCUCCCCUCUGUUUCUCGAACACCGAAAGAUGGGCUCUUUCCGAUUCCGGGAAUCGAUUGCAGAAAUGGGUAGCUUUUGAUUUUCUUAUAAUCACCCUGGGUGAAAAUCGAUCGGGCUCCCAUUUGAUUCGUCAAUGGCGGACAGUAAAGGGGGCUGCUGGUAUGGCUGGAUGAAGAAGAUCUUCACUUGCCACCUGGCCGAAAAGAAAUUGAAGAGAGGGAAAUGGAAAUGGGUUUCACGGAGGCUGAGGCUGCUGGGGCAGAACCCAGUUAUUCCGGCCCCAACCACACAGCUAACCGACGCCACAGAGCGCCAGAAGAACUACGCUCUCACCGUCGCCAUGGCAGCAGCCGCCGCCGCCGAGGCGGCUGUUGCGGCCGCCAAAGCCGCUUCCGAGCUCGUCCGCCUCACCGUUCCUCACGGCAGUUCAGUUAAACGAGACCGGAAUCGGGCUGCCAUUCUGAUCCAGAGUGUCUUCCGUGCCUACCUCGCCAGGAAAGCGUUGAGAGCAUUGAGGGGAGUCGUGAAGCUUCAAGCCAUUGUUCGUGGCGAGCUGUUUAGACGACGACAAUCCGCCAUCAUCAACAAGCUCAAGCAUUUGAUAGUACUAGACGAUGGUGUUGAUGAUGACUGUAAAUCCGCUCCCAUAGAUGAACAAGAAGAGAAGGAAUUCAAGCAGGGGAGGGCCGAUCACCAGCAUUCUGAAUCCACCGGCCACUCGCUUAGAUGCAGCAGCCAGAGAAGUUGGGAUUUCAGUAGGUUGUCCAAGGAAGAGCUAGAAGCUGUAUGGUUAAGGAAGCAAGAAGGUAGCAUGAAGCGAGAUAGGAUGAUGAGCUACUCCUUCUCCCACCAGGAAAGGAUGAACUCACAGUUACUAGAGGAAUUACUGAUGGGGGAGAAGGAUCAGAGAAGCAAUGACAGGCACUGGAUGGAGAAUCUGAGAAUACUCCCCUUCUCUACUUCAUUCAAUAGCGAGACAGAAUUCAGCUCGCUUACGAAAACCAGUAAGGACAGCAGCCACCACACUAGGGGUAGGGGGAGCAGCAGCUCAGUUGCACGAGAUGACGACAACGACAGUGAUGGGGAGAGUUCGAGGACGACGAUCACAAGCUCGUCAGUUGUUCUACCGACGUACAUGGCAGCUACGGAGUCUGCGAGGGCUAGGGCGAGGUCGGUGAGCAUGCCGAGGCAGAGAGUGGGGGUAGACAGAGAGGAUGGUAGCAGAGGUGGGAUGACGAAGGUGCUUUGGUCUUCUGACAGUGGUGAACUGUUUGGAAAAUCGUAUGCUAAUAAAGAGAUGGUGAACAGGAAAUGUCAUCACCGUGGAUUCAGCCUUGCUUCUCGAGGUAAGAAUGGGUGAUGAUUAAUGGUGGGAUGAUACAAGAAAUUUUGAAGAAGAUUAGAAUGGAGGAUGUACAGAUAUGGAAAUUUUUUCUUUGGUUGGUUGGUCCAUAAUAAUCAUACCAUAUAUUGGUUUAAUUCAUUCUUUUCAAUAUCACUAUGUGUGAGAGCUUUUGGUCAUGUGGCAUUUAUAUUAACUAGAAAGGAAUCCCGCGCUACGCGUUGGCGCGUGAAAUUAUUGCAACAUGAAUAUUGAUUAAAUGACAAACUGC